GCCCCGUACCUUUUACGAGGCAUGUGAUUUUUUUACUGUUCACACUGUUCACACCCUCAUAAUCGUCCUUCGGUUUCCCUCCUCUCUUCAACACAAUUCCCUUUCUCGCACACUCAAAAUCUUCCACUCAGCUCAAAAUCUUUCUCUAUUCUUGCCCUAAUUUCUUCUCAUUUCGUUUUCUCUCCGGAACGGAGAUGGCUAGAAACGUUGUUUCCGACGAGGAUGAAAGAGAUGAGGUCGGGCUUGAAGACGAGUACGAGGAUAGGGAACCUUUGGACGCCGAAGAACUCGAUAAUCGGGAUGAAUAUGAAGAGGAUGAGGAGGAAGAAAAUGGGCAAGAUUUUUAUGAGAAGGAUGGCUUUAUAGUUGAUGAUGAGGAAGAAGAGGAUCAAGACGAAGAAGAAGAAGAGAGGGUGAGCAGCGAUGAGGAGAGGCAGAAAAAGAAGAAGAAAAGGAAGAAAAAAGAAACGGAGGAUGUACUUGAUGAAGAUGACUAUGAGCUGCUUCGGGAUAACAAUGCAUUUUAUCCACGUAUGAAGGAGAGCAAAAAAUUUAAAAGAUUGAAGAAAGCUCAGAGGGAUUCAGGCAAUCACUCUGGAUUUUCUGAUGAAGAGUUUGAUGGAAGUGGUAAAGGUGGAAGGACUGCUGAGGAGAAGCUUAAGCUCCGCUUAUUUGGUGAUGACGAAGGUGGACCGCUUGAGGAUAUAGCUGAAGAGGAGGAGCAAGCAGAAGAAGAGGAGGAUGCAGACAUUGGCGAGGAGGAUGAAAUGGCUGAUUUUAUUGUUGAUGAGGAAGAAGUUGAUGAGAAUGGAGCUCCUGUGAGACGGAGAAAGUUGGGGAGAAAGAAAAAUAGACAAGCACCGGGAGUUUCAUCAUCUGCUUUGCAGGAAGCUCAUGAGAUAUUUGGUGAUGUUGAUGAACUCUUGCAACUUCGGAAACAGGGUCUAGAGUCCAGUGAAUGGAAAGAAAGGAAACUUGAAGAUGAAUUCGAACCGAUUAUCCUUUCGGAAAAGUACAUGACCAAACAGGAUGAGCAGAUCAGGGGGACUGAUAUUCCAGAAAGAAUGCAGAUCUUUGAGGAAAGCAUUGGUCCUCCUUUAAUGGAUGAAACUAGUCUGUUAGACGAGAGCAGCUGGAUAGAUAAUCAACUGAAUCAACUUCCAAGUGGUGUGGUACCCUUACCGAUUGAUGAUAAAAAGCCGGCUGUAAACAGAGAUGAUAUUAUAAGAUUCUUGGAGCUAGUGCAUGUGCAGAAGCUAGAUAUUCCUUUUAUUGCAAUGUACCGGAAGGAAGAGUGCCUCAGCUUGUUGAGAGAUCCUAUGCAGCAUGAAGAUGAUGGCGAGAAUGAGGAUAGAUCUGGGUUAACAACCACACUAAAAUGGCAUAAGUUACUUUGGGCAAUUCAUGACCUAGACAGAAAGUGGUUGCUUCUUCAGAAGCGAAAGAAUGCACUUCAUUUAUAUUAUAAUAAGCGAUUUGAAGAAGAAUCUCGCCGGAUAUACGAUGAAACAAGACUCAACUUAAAUCAGCAGCUAUUUGAAUCAAUUGUCAAGUCACUUAAAGCUGCAGAAUCAGAAAGAGAGGUUGAUGAUGUUGAUGUGAAAUUUAACUUGCAUUUUCCUCCUGGUGAAGUUGGUGUGGAUGAGGGGCAGUAUAAAAGGCCGAAAAGGAAAUCACAGUACAGCAUCUGCAGUAAGGCUGGGCUUUGGGAGGUUGCCAGCAAGUUUGGCCACAGUGCUGAGCAAUUUGGACGAGAGUUAUUUUAUGUGGAGCUGAAUGAUGAAUUGGAAGAUGCUAAGGAAACGCCAGAGGAGAUGGCAUCGAACUUCACUUGUGCAAUGUUUGAAACAUCUCAAGCCGUCCUCAAGGGGGCCAGGCACAUGGCUGCGGUGGAGAUAAGUUGCGAACCAUCUGUGAGGAAAUGGUUCCGUGGUUUCUUUAUGGAGAGGGCUGUUGUAUCUACAAGUCCAACUCCUGAUGGGAAUUUGGCUAUAGAUUCUUUCCAUCAGUUUGCUGGAAUUAAAUGGUUGCGUAUGAAGCCACUGAGUGCAUUUAAGGAUGCACAAUGGCUGCUUAUCCAGAAGGCUGAAGAGGAGAAGCUGCUUCAAGUCACUUUCAAGCUGUCUGAUGAAACUCUUAGUGUGUUGAAAGAAGAGUUUGAUGGGCAUUAUCUUAGUCGCGGUGUUAGUAAAUCUGCUCAAGUUUGGAAUGAGCAAAGAAGGUUGAUAUUGCAUGAUGCAAUAUAUAGUUUUCUUAUACCUUCCAUGGAGAAAGAAGUACGAUCACUGUUGACUAGUAGGGCUAAAAGUUGCUUACUUUUAGAGUAUGGUAAUGCAUUGUGGAAUAGAGUCUCUGUGGGGCCAUAUCAAAAGAAGGAAAAUGAUCUUUCUGACGAUGAAGCAGCACCAAGAGUGAUGGCUUGCUCUUGGGGCCAUGGGAAGCCAGCGACAACUUUUGUCAUGCUGGAUUCAUCAGGAGAAGUGCUAGAUGUGUUGCAUGCGGGGUCUCUCUCUUUACGAUCUCAAAAUGUUAAUGACCAGCAAAGGAAGAAACAAGAUCAACAACGUGUUUUGAAGUUCAUGACGGAUCAUCAACCUCAUGUCGUCGUUCUAGGAGCUGUGAAUGUGUCCUGUAUUCGGCUUAAGGAUGACAUUUAUGAGAUCAUUUAUAAGAUGGUUGAAGAAAAUCCUAGAGAUGUUGGUCAUGAGAUGGAUGAGCUGAGCAUUGUAUAUGGAGAUGAAUCUCUGCCUCGCCUUUAUGAAAAUUCUCGUGUAUCAUCUGACCAGUUACCUGGACAGCCAGGCAUUGUCAAGCGGGCUGUUGCUCUUGGACGAUACCUUCAAAAUCCACUGGCAAUGACCGCAACUCUUUGUGGACCAGGGAGAGAGAUUUUAUCUUGGAAACUUGAUCCUUUAGAGAACUUUCUCACUUCUGAUGAGAAGUAUGGAAUGGUGGAACAAGUGAUGGUAGAUGCUACAAACCAAGCUGGCCUUGACAUUAACUUGGCUAUGAGCCACGAGUGGUUAUUUGCACCUUUGCAAUUCAUAUCUGGGCUUGGGCCUAGAAAGGCAGCUUCCUUGCAGAGGUCUCUGGUAAGAGCUGGGGCUAUAUUCACACGAAAAGACUUUGUAACAACCCAUGGACUUGGUAAAAAAGUGUUUGUCAAUGCGGUUGGUUUUUUGCGUGUCCGGCGGAGUGGGCUGGCUGCUAGCAGCAGCCAGUUCAUUGAUUUAUUGGAUGAUACGAGAAUCCAUCCUGAAUCUUAUGGGGUGGCGCAGGAGUUAGCAAAAGAUGUUUAUGAUGAAGAUGUCAAUGGGGAUACGAAUGAUGAUGAAGAUGCACUUGAGAUGGCAAUAGAGCAUGUUAGAGACCGGCCUAACUUAUUGAAAAGCCUCAAAAUUGAUUCCUAUCUGGAGAGCAAAAACCGUGAGAACAAGAGAGAGACAUUUGAUGAUAUUAGAAGGGAGUUGAUGCAAGGUUUUAGGGAUUUUCGUAAAGCUUACAAAGAACCAAGUCAAGAUGAGGAAUUCUACAUGAUUUCAGGUGAAACUGAGGUUACGUUGGCUGAAGGUAUUAUUGUGCAGGCUACAGUCCGCAAGGUGCUAAGUCAGAAGGUUAUCUGUGCUCUUGAAAAUGGGUUGACUGGAAUGCUAAUGAGGGAAAGUGUUGCCGAUGAUAAUGUUGAGUUGUCUGAUCAGCUACAUGAAGGGGACAUACUGACUUGCAGGAUUUCAUCAGUUCUGAAAAACAGAUAUCAGGUUUUCCUAUCUUGUAAAGAGAGUGAUAUGAGAAACAACCAUUAUCAGUACGCUCAAAACCUUGAUCCCUAUUAUCAUGAAGACCAGAGCAGUGUGCGAAAUGAGCAGGAGAAAGCUCGUAAAGAGAAGGAGCUUGCCAAAAAACAUUUUAAACCAAGAAUGAUUGUUCAUCCCCGUUUCCAGAAUAUAACUGCUGAUGAAGCAGUGGAGUUGUUGUCUGACAAGGAUCCUGGUGAAAGCAUUAUACGCCCAAGUUCUCGUGGACCUUCGUAUUUAACUCUAACACUGAAGGUGUUUGAUGGAGUUUAUGCUCACAAAGACAUAGUUGAGGGUGGAAAAGAACACAAGGACAUUACAAGCUUGCUUCGCAUUGGGAAGACACUGAAAAUUGGGGAGGAUACUUUUGAGGACUUGGAUGAGGUAAUGGAUCGAUAUGUGGAUCCCUUGGUGGGUCAUUUAAAGGCUAUGUUAAGUUAUCGCAAGUUCAGGAGGGGCACUAAAACAGAAGUGGAUGAGCUUUUGAGGAUUGAGAAAUCAGAAUAUCCAAUGCGGAUAGUAUAUGCUUUUGGCAUUUCUCAUGAGCACCCAGGCACACUCAUUCUAACUUAUAUACGUAGUACAAAUCCACACCAUGAAUAUGUUGGUCUAUAUCCAAAGGGAUUAAAAUUCCGGAAAAGGAUGUUUGAAGACAUUGAUCGGCUUGUGACAUAUUUCCAGAGGCAUAUCGAUGAUCCCUUACAUGAUUCGGCACCGUCAAUCAGAUCAGUUGCCGCUAUGGUGCCAAUGCGAAGCCCUGCAACCGGGGCAUCUGUAGAUAGCGGCUGGGGUGGUUCCACCAAUGAAGGUGGUUGGAAAGGCCAGUCAUUUGACCGAGAUCGAUCUUCUACUCCAGGUUCAAGAACAGGUCAGAAUGAUUACAGAAAUGGUGGUGGGCGAGAUGGGCAUCCGAGUGGGUUACCAAGGCCAUACGGUGGGCGUGGACGUGGUCGAGGUCGAGGCUCGUAUAACAGUAGCAGAGGAAACGGUGCCGACAAUGAGAGGCAGGAUGGUGGCUAUGAUACUACUACUAAAUGGGAUUCAGAUAGCAAGGGUGAAAAUGAUGGAUGGACCAAAUUUCCAGGUGCUAAGGUUCAAAACUCUCCAGGCAGAGAAGCUUUCCCAGGUGGUUGGGGCACUGGUGGUAGUGGGAGUGGUGGUGGCAACAAUACUGGCUGGGGACAAGAUAGUGGUGGUGGCAACAAUUCUGGUUGGGGACAAGGUAGUGGUGGUGGAAGUGGUGGUGGUGGUGGUGGUGGUGGUGGUGGUGGAGGAAGUGGAGGUGGUGGAAGCAGUUGGGGUGCUACUGCUGGUGGUGGCGACAACAAUGCUGGCUGGGGACAAGGCGGUGGCGGUGGUGGUGGAGGAAGUGGAGGUGGUGGUGGAAGCAGUUGGGGUGCUACUGCUGGUGGUAGCGGCGGCAACAAUGCUGGCUGGGGACAAGGUAGUGGUGGUGGAAGUGAAGGUGGUGGUGGCGGAAGCAGUUGGGGUUCUACUGGUGGUGGUGGCGGCAACAAUGCUGGCUGGGGACAAGGUAGUGGUGGUGGUGCUACUGCUGCUGCUGGCGGAGGGGGCGGUGGCAACAAUGCUGGCUGGGGACAAGGUAGUGGUGGCAGCAAAAAGGGAAAUGGUGGUGGCAGCAGUUGGGGAGCUGAUGGCGGCGAAAAGGGAAGUGGUGGUGGCAGCGAGAAGGGAAGUGGUGGUGGCAGCAGUUGGGGUGCUGCUAGUGAAAAGGGAAGUGGUGGCAGCAAUACUGGCUGGGGACAAGGUAGCGGUGGCGGCGGUUCUGAGGAUGGGGGCUCUGGCUGGGGUACCAGUUCUAAGAAAAGCUCUACACCAUCAAGACCCGACAAUGGGUGGUCUGGAGGCGGUGGUGGUGGUUGGUGAAUGUAGAAAUCUGGUCUGGUUCAGAACCUUGAUUUAGUAAGCAUAUCACGGUGGUUUGGUAACUUUAGGUUUUCGAUGAAGCACGAGGGAUUUUAGUCUUUAGUUUUCCUCCAAGUCUUCUUGACAUCUUUAUUUUCCUGGCUGAUGGAAUGCCUAAAUCAAUGAAAAUUCUUGUACUGGUGGAACAAGUCUGCUAUACAUAUAUGAUCCAUUAUCUGCCAUUUUAA